AUGAAAGCUGGCAAGGUGACUGUCAAUCACCAGGAGACAUUGAAACUAUGGAACAAAUUCCGGGUGUCCAACAUCCCCUCGCUGAUAUUUAUAGAUGCCAACACUGGGAAAGUGGUUUGUCGGAAUGGCCUCUUGGUGAUCCGAGAUGACCCAGAAGGCCUGGAGUUCCCGUGGGGUCCCCGGCCAUUCAGCGAGGUGGUGGCCGGCCCUCUUCUCCGAAAUAGCGGGCCUGCCCUUGACAGCAGCGUCUUGGAAGGCUCCCACGUCGGGGUUUAUUUCUCUGCUCACUGGUGCCCACCCUGUAGAAGUCUCACUCGGGUUCUGGUGGAAUCUUACCGGAAAAUCAAAGAUGCUGGUCAAAAAUUCGAGAUUGUCUUUGUUAGUGCAGACAGGUCGGAAGAGUCGUUCAAACAAUAUUUCAGCGAGAUGCCCUGGUUAUCGGUACCCUACCCCGAUGAAGGACGACGGUCGCGUCUCAAUCGGUUGUAUGGCAUUCAAGGUAUCCCUACUCUUAUUGUUUUGGACGCUAAGGGAGACGUCAUCACCCGGCAAGGCCGAGUCGAGGUCCUGAAUGACCCUGAGUGCAAGGAGUUCCCCUGGCACCCCAAGCCUGUCUUAGAGCUGACCGACUCCAACGCUGUCCAGCUGAACGAGGGUCCUUGCCUUGUCCUUUUUGUAGAUUCCGACGACGACGGAGAAUCGGAAGCGGCCAAGCAGCUGAUCCAGCCGAUUGCCGAGAAGAUCAUAGCCCAAUACAAAGCCAAAGACGAAGAGACCCCACUGCUGUUUUUCGUGGCCGGAGAGGAUGACAUGACCGACUCUCUUCGGGAUUACACCAACCUGCCAGAAGCCGCCCCUCUCCUCACCAUCUUGGACAUGUCCGCCCGUGCCAAAUACGUCAUGGAUGUCGAAGAGAUCACGCCACCGAUCGUGGAAACUUUCGUGAAUGACUUUCUGGCCGACAAACUGAAGCCUGAACCUAUCUAAAGCCGAGCCGGGGCAAGGAGAAAGUCUUUCCUCACCCCUCAUAGUAGACGCUAUUUAAAAAUGGCCGGCUCGGUCCGCCACCGCGCCACUCCUACGGGGCGGGCCGACCGUAAUUUUCCCCACGGUGCCUUGUUUUAACCCCAGAAUGAUGUCUCUGUCCAAACAGCUUUCCAGGUGCUUUUUUUUUGUUUUUGUUUUUUGCAAGCAACGGGGUUG